CAGCUGUGUUUGUUAUUGUCUUUGCCCGUAUUAUUGGCGUGUACUUUUGCGCUUGCCGGAGUUGUUAUAUUACGGCAUAAUGCUGGUGUGAUAUAUCAGAAUUGUUCUAUUUGAGCGAGUUCUCGCAUAUUGCACGACAUCAACUAUUUGGCCCACCUGCAGUAGUUUGAAUUUGUUAUCAGCUAUAAUCUAAUUAGUGUCCGAGAUGUCCACGACAGCAAUUGCCGUAAAUGCGACCAUUUCGACGGGCGCCUACCUCAUGACGGUGCGCAUGAUACCCCGCCUGAGAGAGAUGUUCAUCAAGGCCAACUUGUUUGGCCGAGAUCUGUGUAAAAAGGACAAGCCACAAGUACCCGAAUCGUAUGGCGUGAUUAUUGGUUGCGUUUUCUUGAUCUCCAUGUUUCUUUUUAUACCCAUACCAUUCACAUUUGAUGAGAACGCCGCCACGGACGCAGUUACCGGCGGAAAGCCAUUAACUUUUCCACAUGAUAAGUUCGUGGAACUGAUUGCCGCCUUGCUAUCGAUUUGCUGCAUGAUAUUCCUUGGAUUUGCUGACGAUGUGCUCGAUCUGCGCUGGCGGCACAAGCUCCUGCUUCCGACCAUAGCGACAUUGCCUCUCCUGAUGGUCUACUAUGUCAACUACAACUCCACCACUGUCAUGAUGCCCAACUUUGCACGUGGUCUCUUUGGCACCUCCGUUAACAUUGGCAUACUCUACUACAUCUUUAUGGGCAGUUUGGCGGUGUUUUGUACCAAUGCCAUCAAUAUACUCGCUGGCAUAAAUGGUCUGGAGGUGGGUCAAUCUUUAAUCAUUGCCGCUUCCGUUUUGCUCUUCAAUUUGAUCGAAUUGUCACUGGGUCAUCAGGUGGAAUCACAUCAAUUCUCUCUACAUUUUAUGCUACCAUUUCUGGCCACCUCGUUGGCUUUGUGGAAAUACAACAAAUAUCCGUCGCAGGUGUUUGUUGGCGAUACGUAUUGUUAUUUUGCCGGCAUGACCUUUGCAGUAGUUGGCAUUCUGGGCCACUUUAGCAAAACACUGUUGCUGUUCUUCCUUCCACAGAUAUUAAACUUCCUAUACUCCACGCCGCAGCUGUUCCACUUUGUGCCCUGUCCAAGGCAUCGUUUACCGAAAUAUGAUCAGAAUUCGGACUUGUUGCACAUCAGCACUACGGAAUUUCGAAUGGAUGAAUUGAGCAAAUUGGGACGACUUAUGGUCACUGUGCUCCGUACUUUUAGGCUGGUCAGUUGGCAGGAGCAACCCGAUGGCAGAAUUGUGACAAACAACUUGACGCUUAUCAACUUUGUCUUGGUGAUUUUUGGACCAGUCCAUGAACGAGUUGCCACCCAAAUGCUGAUGGCAUUCCAGGUGCUGUCCACAAUGUUGGCACUCUUCAUACGAUACCCACUGGCCAAUUACUUUUAUGCAACGGAAACUUAACCCCAAUCCUGUAAUCCUAACAUAAUUGUAGUAAGCCUUGGCUUUUCAUGUUGAUAUAAAUACACAGUUCCCAAAAGUAACUUAAGUACGAAAUUAUAUUUCCUAA